UUAAAAACCAGUAUAAUCAUAAACUUGUUAAAACCAUCGCUGUUCUUGUACCCAGUUAUCAAAAGUUCACUUCAGAAAUACAAGAGAAUAUUAGAUUACUUGUAACAUGUGGUGUGUGCU